AUGGAGGCCUCAAUGACCUCGCACCGGCCCAUCAAAGGAAUCCUGAAGAACAAGACUUCUGUGGCUUCACCAGGAGUGGCCUCGGCCGAACAGCCCCUCCGGACCAUCAAAGAGAAGCUGAGUAAAAAAUCCCAGAAGUGGGAUGAAGUGAACAUCCUGGCAACAUAUCAUCCAGCUGACAAAGACUAUGGUUUGAUGAAAAUAGAUGAGCCAAACACUUGCUACCGCAAUAUGAUAGCUUACAAUGAAGAUGCUGAUAGUGAUUCAGAAUGCAGUGAAAUGAUGAAUCCAGAUUUCGUAACUAGAAAAUUAGCUGUUGAUGAAGUCUCCCAGCCAAAGGAUAUGAAUCUAGAACAAGAAAGUAGUGGAGAGGAAGAUAAUAACCUCACUCCUGAAGAGCUGGAAAAGAAGCGGCAGUUUGAAAUAAAAAGGAAGCUUCACUACAACGAAGGACUGAAUAUUAAAUUAGCCAGACUCUUAAUUUCAAAAGAUCUAAAUGAUGACGACGAAGAUGAAGGAAUGUCAGAGACUGCAGACUGA